CAAAACAAAAAAAAAAAAAAAAAAUGGUGUGCCUAUUUCGUUUUGCGAAAAAAUUGUUAGUUUCGCUAAAAUUAACGAGUAUUUGCUGAUUUCAUAGAAUUAAUAAGAGUCUACAUUAAAACAAAUUUAUUUAAAAAUAAUAAAAUGUCCGAAUCGUACGAAUACCUGUUCAAAUUUCUGGUAAUAGGAAGUGCGGGCACAGGGAAAUCCAGUCUUCUGAAUAAUUUUAUCGGUAAUAAAUUUAAAGAAGACAGAUGUCACACCAUAGGGGUUGAGUUUGGUUCAAAAAUUGUGAACAUUGGUGGGAAAUCUACUAAGUUGCAAAUCUGGGACACGGCAGGCCAAGAAAGGUUCCGCUCGGUGACUCGAUCCUACUACCGCGGGGCUGCUGGCGCCCUGCUGGUCUACGAUAUCACUUCCCGUGACUCAUUCAAUGCUCUCUCCAACUGGCUGCGAGAUGCCCGUACACUAGCUAGCCCAAACAUUGUCAUUUUGCUAGUCGGUAACAAAAAAGAUAUGGAAGAGUCCAGAGAGGUGACAUUCACUGAAGCUAGUCAGUUUGCACAGGAAAACGAGUUAAUGUUUUUGGAGACUAGUGCCAAGACAGGAGAGAAUGUUGAAGAAGCAUUUUUAAAAUGCUCUAAAACCAUUCUUGCUAAAAUAGAAACUGGCGAGUUAGACCCGGAGAGGAUAGGAUCAGGUAUUCAGUAUGGCACAGGCACAUCAAAGAGACUUUCGGCUCCCAAAAAACCAGCCAGGACCCCAUCAGAGUGUGCUUGUCGAGUUUAGAUUGAUACACAAUUAUAGUUACUAUUAUGCAUGUGUAUUUAUUGACUCUAUAUGUGAUGUAUUUUAUGAUUCUCAUAGUGUUUCUAGGCUGAUAAAGUUAUUCUUAUAGGAUACACAUUGGACAUCCCAAUAUUGUUAAAAAAUCGAAAAUGAAUUUAAAACUAUGCUUUUUUGGAGAGUGUUAGUGAGCAUGGUAAUUUGACUCUCUUAUUUUUAUACUAUUAUUAUUUGAUGAUUCAUGUUACUAUUAUAUUGUAGUUGUAAGUAGUUUUUAAGUAUCACAGAGCACAAGGCCUUUGACCUGACGUGUUAAAAUUCAUCCAUGCACUUGUCCAUUGUAAGUGUGAAAAAUGUUAUAUUUUGUAAGUUAGAACAAAACUAAGAAAGGAUCUUUUUAUGAGGCAAACAAAUUUAUGUUUUGGAAAUAUCAUUCAUUAUCCUCAUUUGAAAAUUAAGUUAAUAUUUUCAUAACACAGAAAGUAGUGCUUGGCCACAUACUGUUGUAUAUAAUACAGUAACCUUGCAGUUAACACUUUAGCUGCUACGAACACACCUCUCGUGCCGACGUAACCUAGUCUACCGUGCGCAUGAACACGACUAGCGCGUCCAUACUACGACUUACUACGACUGCUACGAACACGAGAGUAGCGUCGGUCUGGUACUGCCCAUUCGAGCCAUCGUAAUGGCCAGGUGUGUCCAUACAUUUUUUCUGUUAUAAGGCGCCCUUCACACUGCGCGGUUUGAAGAUUCUUAGAUUAUUUUUUUUUAUAAUGUGGCGAUUUUUAGGUAAGUAUAUAGAGUUUCGUGAUGUUCGAUCAUGUGUCGGAAGGAGCAUAGUGUGAUAUUAUCCUUUAUUAUAUGACAAGCGACGAAGAAAUUAAGUUAAAAUAUAAGUAGGUUAGAUUAGUAAAAAAUGUUUUAAAUAAUAUGUAGAUUAAUAAUUUAUUUAUAAAGCGUUUCUCAUUAGAGAUUAUUAAGGGUUUCUUAUUGAAAGGAAAUAACGAAAAUACUUACAUAACGUCAUUUAUUAAUAAAAUAAUAAAAUUCAAAACAAUAAUAUAUAACUGACAUAAAUUAUGUAAGUAAAAAAGCCGAUUCAAUUUAGACUCAUUAAGAAGAAUCGGCAAAGAAACUUAAUGAGUUUGUUUUUUUUUUUUAACAUUACACAUCUUUUAAGAAUGAAUUAUACUAUGUUCAGUUAGAUCAUUUUAAGAAACUAAUUUUGUAAUAUCCACUCUUUUUGAAAUUGCACUAAAUAGUGUAUGCGUGACAAUAAAACAUGCAAAAUGGCACUACAUCAUCUAUUAUUAAAUUCUUUUUGAAACAUGUUUUAAGGGGAUAAAGUAGAUGUGAAAUAAAAAUAUAAAUAGA